UACCAUUUCGACGGUAUUAGCUUAGAAAUAAAAAAAAAAACGAUUUUUUCAAGGGAGUGUUUUACUCUCUAAACGACUAAAUACGCCAUUAAGAAAAACACGGAUCUAAUAUUUUUCAAUGCUCUACAACAUAUUCAAGGUUCAUUAAAAUCGGUGAGGGACACUUUUGACCAGUCCCCCCUUGUUAGUUUAAAAAAAAUCAUUAACUUACCCAACCCUGCUUCUCGAAGUGACGUAGCCUGGUGUCGCGUGGCGAAAACAUAUAAAUUUUUUUUCUCGCUCUCUCUCUAAUGACAUGUUUCAAAGAACGCGCUUAAGCCAUGGGUAGCGGAGGGGUUGGUGAGGUACCGACGAUAUUUCAUCCCCGACGAUCGCGUACGUCGAAUAUAAUCCUCGGCGAUGAUCAACAGACUCACGGUCCCUUCAUCACACCUAUCCAGGUUGCGCUCCACGCAGGAUGCGAGCAACAGCAAGGUUGCACCGUCGCCGAUGGACGUGGCGAUUCUGGAUCCAGUUGUCGCACUCUGGAGACCACCGGAAGUGCCGUAACAAGCGGCGGCGGAGGCGGAGGCGGCGGUGAUAGCGGGACCGGAAGUGUGCAAACUCAACCGACGGCCCAAACUCGAGCAUCGGUUCACGUGACCUCGACUCCGACCCCGGCGGUCGUUCAACGACCGAGCUCGAUCUCGACAUGUUUCGCUUCCUGCUGCGCCGAGAGCGCAAAAAAGAUAUAUUUCGGGGUGUGUGUGACGAUAUGCGUGACAGCAAGUUGGGUCGGGGCAACUCAUUGCAUCAAAUAUUUGUACUUUCAUAAGUCCGACAAAAUCUCGCAGACAUCCGUCACCGCAAAUUCCUCCGCGAACGACCUGCCUCAUCAGCAUAUCACUCUUGCGUACGACGCACCCUUCUUCACGACAUGGUUCUGCACCAACUGGGAAGUCCUGUACUUCCCGGUGUACUUCAUCUGUCGGGCUACCAGAACUAAAUGCGCCAGCCCUUCCGAAAUAAUAGUCGAGAGUCUACGCGGCUUUCGCGAUAAGGGCUUCACUGGUGGCCGCUUCUUACUCAGAUGUAGUCUCUUCUGCUGUCUGUGGGUCAUCACUAAUUACCUGUAUAUACUUUCGUUACGAAUAUUGUUAGCCACGGAUGUAAUGGCAUUAUUCGCGACCAACGUUUCCUGCGUCUACCUGCUUUCGUGGGUCAUUCUUCACGAGCAAUUUGUGGGUGUGAGGAUAGUCGCGGUAAUCCUGUGUAAUACCGGCAUCGCGCUUUUAGCUUACAUGGACGGUAUAACCGGAAGUCCGACCCUCGGAGGUGUUGUUCUAGCUACAGCAGCGGCAGCUGGCUCUGCCGUUUACAAAGUUCUUUUUAAGAAAGUAAUAGGAGAAACUACGUUCGGUCAAAUGUCUUUUUUUUUCUCCCUCAUCGGUUUAUGCAAUGCCGCCUUGUUGUGGCCGAUUUGUCUGGCUCUGUACUUUUCCGGGGCGGAAACCAUGCAUUGGGCAACGCUACCCUGGGCAGCGUUACUCUCCGCCAGCAUCCUCCAUUUAGUUGCGAAUAUGCUCGGCAAUUUCAGCAUCGCCCUCACUUACGAUCUGUUCAUCACUCUUGGAUUAAUCACAGCUGUACCUGUGUCCGCUGCACUGGACGUUAUUUUCUACGGGGCGUACUUUAUGGGUAUGAAAUUGGCGGGAAUGAUCUUCAUAGCGGUCGGUUUCUUCCUCGUGAUGUUUCCGGAUAAUUGGCCCGAUUACAUAACGAGACUCCUCCGAAACGUAGUCCUCAUGAGUCACAGUACAAGUAUCACGGGAGGCGGCCAACGGCAGGGCGGCAGGACUUUUCUUAGGGGUCGCGCGGCCUCUCUUCAGCAACGUCAGCAACGUCUGAGGAGUUACGGCGUGAUCGCCGCUCACGGGGACGGCCAGACUCUGCUGCCGAUCAGCAACAACAACAACAACAACAACAACAGCAGCAGCGGCGGUGGUAACCAGCCGGCCGCUCGUCACGUUAACAACUCCCAACAGUACAGUUCGAUCUCCGAAAUCCAAUCACGCCGUUUCCCUCCCUCAACCUCCAACAACACCAGCGUCGUCAGCAACAGCUACUCGCACGAUCCUCGUAAUCAGCAGCAAGGUGGAGCAGGAGACACCGGCAUGGCUUGUCAGACGGAUCGUCACGCGACGUGAUCGAUUAUCGAACCGGUUACAUAAAAUCCCACCUACGCUCACCGUCAGGCAGAGUUCGG